ACGCUUCAAUGAACAUUACAAGGAACACGAAAAAGAUCUUCCUACAAUUUUGACUAAUUUACAUACGAUUUUUGAUAAUAUUUGUAUCAAUUUUUUUACCCUGUGUUUUAAAAUACAAAAGCGUACCAUUUUAAAACGUCGUUGACAAACACCUGUGGUCAUCGUUGGAAGAAAAAGCGUUGGAUUGUAACUGGAAUAUUUGAUUUUUGACUUCGUCGUGUUUCAACCAAGGUUUGGUAGUGUUUCACCAUGAAGCGAUGGAUGGUGGUUUUAGCUCUUGUCUUAGUCCUACAUAACUCUUCUGCAGAUACCGACAUGAAAAAUACGAAUGACGUCACUCAAGAAGCCGAGCAUACACUUAAAGAUGACAUCGCUGGUCAGGAACAAGAAGCCAGUGGGUCUGCGGGCUCAGGUAUUGGAGCAGCCGUCCAGGAAGGUGAUGGUCCUAAUAAUUGCGCUAAAAGUCCAUGUAAGAACAGUGGAACGUGCAUUAAUGAUUAUAAUAGGAUUGAUGGAUAUCGAUGCCAAUGUCAAGAUGACUUUGGGGGCAUAAACUGUGAAGAGUUGAAAUGCCGCAUCAGUUUGGCGUCUUACGCAUCAAAGAUUUGUCUCGUCAGACGAGAAAUUGGACGAAAAGCGAAGAAGAUGCUAAUCAAGCUGACGUCAUCUAGAAAAGAAGACUUUCUAAACAAUUCAGACAUGCACGUGCCUCUUCUUCUCAAGAAGGGAGCAGCGAGUUUUGUUCAAAGUGCCUCCACUGAUCCCUUCACCAUCGAAUGGUACAUGAAGAUGACUGAUAAUGCUGACCUGAACAAAGAUAUCGAGUCUCAUUUCACUCUGAAGGACUCGAGGUUCCAUACAACACCAACAUUGUUGGACUUUGCUAUUGUGUAUGAGGCCUUCUAUAAACACCACAAGAAACGAAGCGCCAUGAGUGCUCUCAAGCGUGUACCAGCAAUUGAGGACAACUUCUUUAAAGACCGCUGUUUUGCUGACCAGCGGUUAGCUGGUGCAAAUCCUUUCCAAAUAUGGAAAGUAACGAGAGAAGCUGGGAACGAGGGCGUUAGUUGGGAAAGACUUUACGAAACUUAUUUAAACAAAGAUUUUGACUGGCACAAAGCGUUUCGUAAAGUAUUAAACACAGACGACAACGACGCACUGGACAAGGCGAUUGACAAAGCCGAAGUUUUAGUCGUCUAUUACCCUGAACUGGAAGGCAUUGAACCACCUCAGCUAAACGACGUCAAGUUCAACCACACUGUAUUACCGCUGACCGCUCCUAUCGCUUUCUUCAUAACCAAAGAGUAUGAGCCCGGAGUACGGCGGCUAAGUCCAGUGGCAAUCCAGCUAAAUAUGGACAACACGUCUUCUGUUUUCACGCCAGAUGAUGAGAAGUCGUGGUUCUUUGCCAAGUCAGCUGUACAAAGAGCUGAUUUUAAUGUACUCCAUAUUGUGAAGAAGAGGCUUAAGACACAUCUUUAUAUGGAUGCUCCGUGUACUCUUGUAGAAAAAUACUUCUCUGAAUAUCACCCUCUACAUCAGAUAUUACGUCAUCAUUGCCGAGCAAGCCUGGAAACUAAUAAAUUAUUCGAAUUGAAGCUGUAUGGGCCAAAAGCACCGAUAUACAAAGCAUUAAGUAUUGACUACAAAACAGCAGUUAAAAUGUUGAAUGAACAGUACAACAAGAUGGACUUUGAUGACAUUGAUUUGUUAAAGGAUCUUCAGAAACGUGGUGUUAUGGACAAGAAGACCCUUCCUUAUUACCCGUACAGAGACGAUGGAGUGAAGCUUUACGACACAAUAAAAACCUUUAUCAAGGAUUACUUACAACUAUAUUAUAAAAAAGAUGAAGACAUAACCAAGGAUUACGAGCUGCAAGAGUUUGCGAAUGAAAUGUCGAUUGAUGGCAAAAACGAGGAUGGGGGACUGGGAAUGGUCAGGAAAUUUCCCGCCAAAAUCGAAAAUCUCGACCAGCUGACGGGUGUUCUAUCCACCUUCAUCUGGGUGUUAACUGGUCAGCAUGCCGCUGUCACCUACCCUAUCCUGGAGUAUGGCGGCUUUGUUCCUAAUGCUCCUCACAGAUUGUUCGCUGAUUCAGAAGGAAAGUCUAAAUUUAGCAACAGUAUGUUUGGGAACAAAGCCAUUGCAUUGGAAGUGGCCGAGUUAUGCUCAAACAUUGGCUCAAUCCACUUGGAUCAGCUGUUUGAUUAUUACAACAAAAUAGAAGACGAACAAGGCAAAGUUCUGGUACAAAAAUUCUAUGACGAUUUGGAUAAUCUGAGUAAGAAAAUACUGGAUGACAACGACCAGAGAGUACGCGAUGGAUUCCUGCCUUAUCCUUACUUCUUACCGGGUUAUGUUACAAAUAGUAUAAGUACCUAGAUAUCUACU